AUGGCCAAGAUGAAGCAGCUGACCAACCUAGCUGCUCUCAUUGUCCUCUUUGCAUCACUCACGGCCGUUCGAGCCGUCUCUUUCCAACAGGAUCUAUCGUCCUGCAGAAAAGUGUAUUCCUACAUCGAUGCCAAUCCCGUCGAGCUCAACACUACUAGCGGUUUCCGUCUGCAGAUCACGGACAAGAGGUGGGCAGGAGGUGAGUUGCUUGUCUGGUCGAUAUGAUGCGUCCCGCGAUGCGCUGACUUUUUGAAACGGCGCGCCAUCUUUGGCAGGUCCGAUCCUCGUGGAGCGCAACUUCACAUGGCCUCCUCAGCCAUCAGCAGAUGAAACGCUGAACCUCAACAGGUCCACCUUCCCAACGCCUGCGUGGGCACGCACCACCGGCGAGCUUGUGCCUCGCAUCAGCUCCGACAAUACCCUAGUCCAGCUUCUUCGUUUCAAUUUGACACCAUAUUGGAACUCGACUGGAUGGCGAGUACCUGGAGGGCAAGGUUACCUGACCGUGAGUCUUUGGAGAAAAGACUGUCCUCUCUUCCGAGCUUCUCGUGGAAUCACCGAUCGCUGACGGAGUGCCCACCCUACCCACAGGCUCAGUUGCAAUUGGACCUGCUUGACGUCAAUAAUACGCAGCUUGCUUACUAUCCCAACACGCAGCAGAGAAUUUCAGCCGUGGACACGGGCUUCUUCUACUGUCGCGGCCUUGGCGCCGCAACAGAAAAGGAUGACGAUGGCGACAGCGGUGGCUCAGAGCUGAGACCAGGCUUCAAAGCGAUCAUCGCCGUUGGCUCGGCGAUCGGAUUCUCCAUCUUGCUCUGCAUCAUCGUCCGCAUCAGAAAUAACAUCAAGAAUCGUCAAACUCUUGAGGAAUUGUCGAGAAAAGAUCUGGAGAAACAGUCGGCUGUCGAUCGCUUCAGAACUACUCCGACCGUUUGGCACGAGACGCCCGUGACGCUAGAUCCGGGACCGUCGCCUUUGCGUCGUCAAGGGUUGGCAAGGGGACCUCCAGCCACCGCUGCUCCAAUCGCUCCUCUUCCAACGAGGACGAACGAUUGGAGAAGCGGGGGAAUGGUUCUGUAUGGGACACCCAGAGAAGCAGCAGCGGCAGCAGCACGCGCCUCUUCCUCGGCCCGCACUGGAGCUCAGGUCGGCGGCAAUGCAAGCAGCAACCCUAGCACCGACGCAGCAAGCCCGAGCGCGGUGCCACCCGGUUCGCUGGAUCAAGAUUUCGACCAGCUCGCUCUUUUCGUACGACGUGCCGAAGAGCAGGGAAACGCUGAAAGGCUGUUGGAUGCCGACGCUCGUCGGAUCGUUCGAGCGCCCAGCAGAGAAGGCGCGCGCGAUGCUGAAGGCAGACUUCCAGGAGAUGCGAUGAACGGAGAUAGCAACCCUCCUCCUGCGUACACUGCCUCUCCUCAGUUCGACCAGAAUGCAGACCGCGACAACGCUUCUCGACCUUCCUGA